AUUAUCUUCCUUUUUAACCAACUGGCAACAUUAUAAGCAUUCCGUGCGGUAUUCAGGUUUUUACAAGAUACAUACGCGCAAGCGUAGUGGUGAUUUCACGAAACCUAACGAAUUGGAAAGACAAGAUGAAUGCAGAUUGGAAUCGACGAGUCAUGGCCAUACAGGCCAAGAAGAAGAGAGCAAAAGGACCAAAAGCUAAGAUGAAAGGGCACAAAGUCGAAUACAAGAAGCAUGGAUACGGAAAUGAACCACACUCUUCAACUUCAGAAAGUUUUUAUGAUGAAGAGGAGGAGGAGGAGGAAAUUCUUGGAUCUGAUGAUGAUGAACAAGAAGAUCCCAGAGAUUAUUGUAAAGGUGGUUAUCAUCCUGUAAAAAUUGGUGAUUUGUUUCACAGUCGCUAUCAUGUUGUUAGGAAAUUAGGUUGGGGUCACUUCUCUACAGUUUGGCUUUGUUGGGAUUUAGUGGGAAAAAGGUUUGUGGCAUUGAAAUUAGUGAAAAGUGCAUCUCAUUAUACAGAGACUGCUAUAGAUGAAAUAAAAUUAUUGAGAUGUGUUAGAGACAGUGAUAUUGAUGAUCCUUUCAGAGAAAAAGUAGUUCAAUUAUUGGAUGAUUUUAAGAUAUCAGGAGUAAAUGGUACUCAUGUAUGUAUGGUGUUUGAAGUAUUGGGCCACAAUUUGUUGAAAUUAAUAAUCCGUUCUAAUUAUCAAGGAAUACCCCUUCAAAAUGUAAAAACAAUUAUUCGUCAGGUUUUAGAAGGACUUGAAUAUCUUCAUACCAAAUGCAAAAUAAUACAUACAGAUAUCAAGCCAGAAAAUAUUCUUAUCACAGUAGAUGAAACUUAUAUACGGAAAUUAGCUUAUGAAGCUACUCAAUGGCAAAAAAUGGGUCUUAGGCUACCUGGAUCUCUUGUUAGUACUGCACCUAGAGAAUUUCGAGGUCCCAAUCCUAAUACAAAAAUGUCUCGAAACAAAAAGAAAAAAUUACGUAAAAAAGCUAAACGUCAACAAGAAUUGUUGGAAAUGCAGAUGCAACAACUAGAAGAAUUAGAAAUGGAAGAACAUUUACAGAAUAAAAUGCAUGAAACAGAAGAUAGAGAUGAUGAUGAAGAAACAACUCCAGAGGAGGAUAGAAGGUUUAAUGGUAGUUCUGAUACAAAAAAUCCUGGUCACAAAGAACAAAGUAAUCUAAGAGAGACACUACAUAGAUCACCUGUAGGAUCUUUAUCAUCUAAUUUAACUCAUAAUAAUGCAAAAGAUAGAGAAUCCAGUAGUGGUGACAGAAUAAGAACUUCCAGUGCUGAGCCAUCAAGAUAUGUGUCUUCAGUAGACAGUCUUUGUAAUGGACAUGACGAAGGAGAAGAAACUAAUAAUAAUUCCAGAGGAAGACUAGAAAGAUCAGAGAGUACUUUGACAACAUCAACACAACACAAACCUAAAGAAACUGAAAUGAGAAGAGUAGCAUCUUGUCCAGAAAACCAGAAAUCCAUUGACCAAUUGCCAGAUCCUGUUCAUGAAAUAUGUGAUAUUUCUGUCAAGAUAGCAGAUCUUGGAAAUGCUUGUUGGGUGAAUCAUCAUUUUACGGAAGAUAUUCAAACACGCCAAUAUAGGUGUUUGGAGGUUUUAUUAGGUGCUGGUUAUGGUCCACCAGCUGAUGUGUGGUCUACAGCAUGUAUGGUGAGUUUUACUUAAUUAUUUUAAUAUAAA